CUUCCAUGUUCCAUCCUUUCUUCCUCAUUCUGACUGCUGUACUCUUCGUCCCCUACCAGAAUGCUAAACCCCUCUCCAAAACCCCAACCAAAGAUCAAACCUUUUGAAUCCCCAGAAUAAUCGAAGAUAAAUCAAAGGCUUUACAUUAGAAAAAUCAUAAAGAAAAUGGGGAAAUUUCCACCCUCCAUGAGAUCUGCCAGAUUACCCAUAGGAACUAUCUUGAAAAAAUCCCCAUCUCAGUCACCGUCUCCGGCUCAGAAGCCCUAUUAUUUGGCCGGAAAAGUUCCCAACAAAAAGCCCAAACAAUCACUUCCCCAAAUUGCUCCUCUACUUCCAACCAUCACCUUCGAUUCACCAAGCCUUUCAGAUGCCAAAACCGUCUUCAAUAAGCUCAUUUCCAGCCCAAAAAAGCCCCCUUUGGACCUUAGGUUCUGCAAUGCCAUACUCCAGUCAUUUUCAACCGUUGGAACCCUCCAAGACUCCAUCUGUUUCCUCAAUCACAUGGUCAAGACACAUCCUACCUUUUCCCCUGACAGUUCUACUUUCAACAUUCUGCUUGUUCAAUGCUGCAAAGCUGCGGACUACUCUAUUUCAUCUGUACACCAGGUGCUCAAUUAUAUGUCUAACCAAGGUUAUCCACCAAAUAAGGUCACAACGGAUGUUGCUGUGAGGACCCUUUGCUCUGCUGGUCGUGAAGAGGAUGCCAUCGAGGUUAUAAAGGAUCUUUCAGGGAAGAAUUUACUUCCUGAUUCACAUACUUAUAAUUGUUUAGUUAGACAUCUUGUUAAGAAUAGGGAUUUGAGUACUGUGAAUAGUUUUAUUCAGGAAAUGAAGAAAGACUUUGAGGUAAAGCCUGAUCUUGUGACAUAUACUAUUAUGAUUGAUAAUGUUUGUAAUAGGAAGAAUCUCCGUGAAGCUACCCGAUUAUUGAAAUUAUUGAGUGCAGAAGGGUACAAACCCGAUAGUUAUGUUUACAAUACUAUCAUGAAGGGCUAUUGCAUGCUACAUCAAAGUGGUGAGGUUUUGGAUGUGUACAAAAAGAUGAAGGAGGAAGGUGUAGAGCCUGAUCUUGUAACUUAUAACACUUUGAUUUACGGAUUGUCGAAAUCUGGAAGGAUUAAGGAGGCCAAGAAGUUCCUUGGCAUCAUGACCGAAAUGGGACAUUUUCCAGAUGCAGUGACUUAUACUUCUCUUAUGAAUGGAAUGUGCAGGGCGAGGGAUGAAUUGGGGGCAUUGGCAUUGUUGGAGGAAAUGGAAGCCAAGGGAUGUAGUCCAAAUUCGUGCACAUAUAACACAUUGCUCUAUGGAUUGAGUAAGUCAAGGUUGGUGGACAAGGGGAUUGAAUUGUACAAGUCAAUGCAAGAGGGUGGCAUUAAACUCGAGACAGGAUCUUAUGGGGCGUUCAUCAGGGCACUUUGUAAGGAUGGUAGAGUAGCUGAAGCUUAUGAAAUUUUCGAUUAUGCAUUAGAAAGUAAGAGUAUGACUGAUGUUUGUGCUUAUACAACUUUGGAAAGUAAUCUUAAGUGGCUGAAGAAAGCUCGAGAACAAGGCCUUAUUGUCUGAUCUAUACAGGUUACAUGUUAUACCCUUGCAAUUGUUUAGCUGGUUGUUUUGGAACUUGAUAAAUGUGUAAUAUUUGUUGUUCAGUUACUCUCAAGUACACGCUUUUCCUUUGAAGUUAGUAGCCCUGCUGCCUUCUUUCAACUUCGAAACUAAGCACUUUCUGAACUCAAAUCUAGGAAGAAAGAUGUUGAAUGCAUCAGUCUUUGUAUGUAGUGAUUGCAUAUUAUUGAUUUGUCAGUGUCCACUUUUCUAUGCAAUGAGCGCCUGCGUAGAAACAUAAAGUUCACAGCUUUCAACACUUGAAACUCAUGGAAAUAAUGGGAGACAAUUGAUGGGAAGCAUUUCACAUCCUGACAAAAGUCCUAAUUGGGGCUGAAACACACUAGUUUUACUUACUACUUAGAGAUCAAGGCCAGGAAAUGCUGUAAGGUGUUAGCCUGACAAGUCUUGUUCUUAAUCUUGUAUUGAGGCCGAAAGCACCGCAAUUUGGGUGAACACUAUGGAAUCAAUGCAAACAAAAGGAUGAAGUAUCUUUGACUGAUACUGAGAGUGGAAAGUUGGGUGCAGGAAUGGAGUGUUAUUGGAAUCUUGACUAGCUGGUUAUUUACUUCUAUAGAUUGUUGUACAGAGAAUGAAUCCUCUUCUUCAGAACGUGAUUCUUACCAGUUCUCUUAUCUUGCCUGCCCUUUUGAAUGCAUAUCAAUGUUAAUGAAACAGUAGACAAACAGCAGUAAUAUGCCAUGUUACUUUGCAUCUUGCCUUUUGAGGCCUCUCAAGGUAUGUUUGACUAGCUGAAGUCAAGUUGCUGACUACUUCCCUGUCCAAGUUAUUACUCGU